AUGAAUGACAGCUUGAGAAUGUCACCUGAGAUCAUGAUGUUUCACCAAAUGAUGGAACAAGCCCAGAACGCCAGCUGUGAAGCACCCGCCCACAUCUGUAAUAAGAGUGCAAGUGGAGACACACUACAGCUGCCCACUUUCUCCACAGCAGCCAAAGUCAGAGUAAUCAUUACAUUUACUCUGUGUGCCAUGUCAGCUGUCUGUAACCUAGCUGUGCUGUGGGCUGCCAAUACCAACGGCAAGCGCAAGUCCCACGUUAGGAUAUUAAUAAUUAACCUGACUGUGGCGGACCUGCUGGUGACUUUCAUAGUCAUGCCUGUUGACGCUGUCUGGAAUAUCACAGUUCAGUGGCAGGCAGGAGAUGUCGCCUGUAGGCUGCUGAUGUUCAUGAAACUUGUUGCCAUGUACUCCUGUGCUUUUGUCACAGUGGUCAUUAGCUUGGACCGCCAGUCUGCUAUCCUCAACCCACUGGCCAUCAAUGAGGCCAAGAAGAGAAGCAAGAUCAUGUUGUCUGUGGCGUGGGCGAUGAGUGUGAUUAUGUCUGUUCCCCAGGUGAGGCUCUGGUUAAGAGAGGUUUCAUGUUUGAUCUCCUCAGCCUAAUCUCAAGAUGCCACCACAAGGAUAAAAAUAGACUUCCUGUAUACCCCAGUGAUGUUAAAUGUUUAAGUAAAACAACAUCAAAUGACAUAACCCUGCAGCGGCUUUAUAGCACAUGCACAUUACUGACUUGAUUCAUGUUGUCAGGUUCACUUACCAAGAAUAGAACAUUUGAUUUUGACAGCAAUUAGAAACGUAGGAAUGGUAAGCACUAAUUCAGAAAACUCAAACACUUUCCUGAAGGGAAUUUCAGUACAGGUGUUGCAGUUAAUCAAUAUUGUCCAUGGUUUAAGAGUAACCUUUAAAUGUGAUUGAUAACUGGUGAGUAGGGCCUGCCCUACAUCAUUUACCGACUCCUGAUUAUGACAGUAAUUAUACAUUUGGUGUCUCUGCAAUAAAAUCCAUUAAACUACAUAGGCUUUGAAAAAUGGAGUCACUGAAAGAAGACCUUACCUGCAAUUAUUACUAAUUCACAAUUAAUUUCAAGCAUUCAACACUUGCAUCUUCACCUUUGUGCAAAUUCAGUGAAAUGAGCACUUAGACAUGGUAUUAGUCACAUUACAGACUAGGCAGGAGCAAUUUUCUGCUGCAUGAAACACUAGUAUUUCAUGCAGUACAUCACUUAAGCCAAGCCAUAGAAUUAUGGUUAAAGAGAGACAUUUUUAUUGUUAAAGACUAAUGUUUCCUUUGUGUUGUAAUACAGAUGCUAAUAUUCCACAGUGUGACCAUCACAGUCCCAGAGAAGUUUACCCAGUGCACUACCCACGGGAGCUUUGUCCAACACUGGCAGGAAACUCUGUACAACAUGUUCACCUUCGCCUGUCUAUUCCUGCUGCCGCUGAUCAUCAUGAUCGUCUGUUACACACGGAUCCUGGUGGAGAUAUCCAGCCGUAUGACCCAUGGAAACAGUAGGUCAAAUUACAUAUUUUACCGUCAAUUGUAGUAUUCUAGUGGCAAUAAUGGUAGAGGUAUUUCUAGGUGUAGUAGUAUACAGUUGUUCAUGUGGGGUUUACUAAGAGCACUGCAUAUUGAUGAUAAAGGUAAUAUAAACUUAUUGACAAAUAUGGUGUUGAGAUUAGGAGGAAGUGUUUAUUUCCUUGUUUCAGUGUAUUCUAAGGAGAUACAUCUCAGACGCUCCCACAACAACAUUCCAAAAGCACGGAUGAGGACUUUGAAAAUGAGUAUUGUUAUCGUGACUUCCUUCAUCGUCUGCUGGACCCCUUACUACCUGUUGGGACUGUGGUACUGGUUCUUCCCUGACUAUAUGGAUGAGACGGUCUCUCAUUCUUUGACUCAUAUGCUCUUUAUUUUUGGCCUCUUCAAUGCCUGUUUGGACCCAAUAACUUACGGCCUGUUCACCAUCCAUUUCCGCCAUGGCCUGAAGCGCUACUGUCGGAGUGCAGCCGUGCUCAGCCGUGAGUCAGAGAACAACACUACCCUGACCGGCUCCUUCAGGUGCUCCUCCUUCCGCAUGACACGGCUUACCCAGCAAGGCCAGACCACCAUCACUGGCCAGAGGGCAGAGGAGGAACAGGGCAAGAAACCCUGCCGCUAUAGCAACUAUCUCACAGUUCACAGCAGUGGAGGUGACCGAUGUCCGGCCAAUCAUGAAAGCAUGAUAUGA